GUUUCCGUUAGCUCCGGUUAGCUCCGCUCAGCUAAAUGACGUCAUGGUUAGCGCUCCGUUAAAUCGCAGCCAGCCCGGUGUCCUCCGGUAAAAUCAGCCCAAAGGUCUCCCGGGGUCAGACGGACCGACCUGUUCGGGACUACUCCGUGAAGAACCGAGCCGUUCCGGGCGGAUUAACGGGGCUUUUCGGGCCCUGGAGCGGUUCUAACGGGAGCUGCGUAGAUACGGGAGAGUCUGCUGGAUCCACCCGGAGUUUACGGUCACUUUUCCCGGUACUGCAGCUCUCAGCGGCUGUUGGUGUGGAUGUUACCGGAUACCGGAGCAGCAUGGAGUCUCCGCGGAGCCCCUCCCGGUGCUCUUACACCGUGAGGUAACGGGACCGGGACCGGGACGGGGGACGGGGCUGCCUCUCAAACAUCAGGCAGAGACCUGUUGCUGGUGUCCGGAGAGGGAGGGAGGAUGAGCGGGGUUACCGCGCUGCUGUUCCCGCUCCUGCUGCUCAGCUCCGGGGAUCUGCCGUUCACGGUGGCCCGGUCCUUGAACGGAGGUAUCCGGGCAGACCGGACCGACGGACUCACCGGGACAGGUUUGGACAGAAGGUGGCGCCCUCUGCUGGGGAAAACUCGACCCUUCAUUCUGGUGGGCGGACAGAGGAGGAGCCUUGCUGAAGCUCUACAGGACGGUCACCCCGACAGGCUGCAGUGUGGGCUGGAGGUGGGGGGGCGACUCUUUCUGCUGGACCUGGAGAAGAACCGAGACCUGCUGCCCAAACCACCAAACGUCUUCUACUACCUGCCCAACGGCACUGGAGUGUCUGUGAGAGCCCACCCUGUGACUCACUGUUACUACCAUGGAAAUGUUCGAGGAUUCCCCCAGUCCAGGGUCGCUCUAAGCACGUGCUCCGGCCUACGCGGCGUCAUCGCCAUCAACUCCACGCUGACUUUUGAGCUGAAGCCUCAGGACGAUGACGACCACCUGGAACACCACAGGGAGAGGGGAGGAGACGGGAGUGGAGGGAGCGGAGGAGGAGGAGGAGGAGACGAAGAUGGAGUCCACCUGCUGUUCUCCACCAGUCCUCUGGAGGGCGACAGUGCAGGAGGCUGUGGAGUGUCUCACACUGCUGUUCCUCCCAUCCACAGCUCCACGCACACUCACCGGUCUAAGAGAGACAUCCUGUCAGAGACCAAAUACAUCGAGCUGGUGCUGGUGGCCGAUCACCAGGAGUUCCUGAACUACCAGAAGAACAAUAAGACCAUCAUCUACCGAAUGCUGGAUGUUGCCAAUCAGGUGGACUGGUUCUACCGUCCUCUGAACGUCCGUGUGGCGCUCACCGGUCUGGAGAUCUGGAGCGACCGCGACAAGAUCCAGGUGGAGAAGAAUCCCACUGACACUCUCACCAACUUCCUGGAGUGGAGAGCACGGGAACUGCUGCCACGCCUCCGCCAUGACAACGCCCAGCUCGUCAUGGGCGGCUCUUUUGACGGCACCACGGUGGGGAUGGCGUCUCAGUCGUCCAUGUGCUCAAGAGACCGCUCAGGGGGGGUUAACGUGGAUCACCUGGUCAGCGUGCUGGGCGUGGCCUCCACCGUCGCUCAUGAGCUCGGUCACAACCUGGGGAUGAGUCACGACACCGCUGAUCGCCAGUGUUCCUGUGAGAACGAGCCGCGGCUGGGAGGAUGUAUCAUGGAACCUUCAACAGGGUUCAUGCCGGGGCAGCAGUUCAGCAGCUGCAGCGCUGACGAUCUGUCCAUCAGCCUGCUGCACGGCGGCGGGAUGUGUCUGUUCAACGUGCCGCAGCCAGACCGCCUGCUGGGAGGGCCUCGCUGUGGAAACCUGUACGUGGAGAAAGGAGAGGAGUGUGACUGCGGCCUGCUCGAGGAAUGUGAGGAUCCCUGCUGUAACGCCUCCACCUGUCAGCUGGUUCCUGGAGCUCAGUGCUCGUCUGAUGGCAUCUGCUGCCAGGACUGCAAGCUGCGUGCGGCGGGUUCAGUGUGUCGCGAGCCGCUCGGAGAGUGCGACCUCCCCGAGUUCUGCACAGGCUCCUCCCCCUACUGCCCCCCCAACGUCUUCCUGCAGAACGGAGAGCCGUGUGAGGGCGGCACCUCCUACUGCUACGGAGGAGUCUGUGCCAGCAUGAACACCCAGUGCCAGCUGCUGUGGGGACCCAAUGCGACCAGCGCUCCGCCAGUCUGCUUCUCAUCCGUCAACAAAAAGGGAAACAAAUUUGGGAACUGUGGUCAGUUUGCCAACGGCUCCUACAUCCCCUGUGGAAACUCAGAUGUUCAUUGCGGUAGGAUCCAGUGUCAGGGAGGGAGGCAGCGCCCUCUGCUGGGCACCAACGCAGAAAUUCUCACCACAAAAGUGAAAUUCAACCACAGCGACCUGGUCUGUAGAGGAACCUUCUUCCACCUUGGAGACGAUGUGUCCGACCCCGCCACUGUGGCCCAGGGCACAGCCUGCAGUCCUGGCAAGGCAUGUUUGAACCAGAAGUGUCAGGACGUGUCUGUGUUCGGAGUGGAGGAAUGUCGUGGGAAGUGUAACGGUAACGGGGUGUGUAACAGUAAUAAGAACUGUCACUGUGAGGUGGGCUGGGCUCCUCCUGACUGCAGGUUCUCAGGUCACGGCGGAAGCGUGGACAGCGGACCGGCCAGAGCUGCUGGAGAGUCUGACCCGGUACGAGUGGCUCUGCUCAUCAUCUUCCUCUUCAUCGUGCCCGUCGUCCUCCUCUUCCUCGCUCUGCGCUUCCCUCGAUUCAGACGGAGCCUCCUCUGCGUCAACAGCCCAUUUCAUAAAGCUCGACAACACAGCCGGAUCCCGGUGACAGAUCGAGUGGACGUCAGGAACGGCGAGCAUGUCCGACCGCUGAGAUACCACCUGAAGCCAGAGACUGACAUCCCGCUGACCUCGCCGCUCUCAGAGGAACAGGAACGACCUGCUCCUCCCUCUAAGCCACUUCCCCCUGACCCCGCCCUAAAACCCCUGCCGCAGCGUCCUGCCCCCCCCACCAAGCCUCUGCCCCCCGACCCCCCCAACCAGCUGCUGGUGAGUCGACCAGCCCCACCCAACAAGCCGCUCCCCCCCGACCCUGCUACACCUGGACAGGUCGCUGUUCCACCCAAGCCUGUGGUGCCCAUUAAGCCCCGCCUCCAUAGCCAAAUGUCCCAGCCUCCUAUCCCACCACACCCUGGCUACGCCUGCAGCUCCAAACCCCCACAACCCAGAGGAGCAGCCCCUUCAGCCGGGAUGCACAGACGACCUCCUCUUCCUCCGAUUCGACCCGGAGUUUCUAAGAAAGUGGACACGUCUCCGCUCUAACUGGACGCCCUCAGAGACUCAGAGUCGUCACCUUUAACGGCGCCGUGAUGAUAAAGAUGAAGACGGCCGUGCGACCACUCUCAGGCGUCUGAUUUCUCUCCUCGCCGUCUCUGACCUCAGACCGAACAUUUUCCCUUCUUCAGUGCCUUGCUCAGCUGCAGCGCCGUGGCCGCUCUGGAAUCGAACCCUCGACCUUUGACUGACGGCUGCUGGUGAUGAUGUCACAUUAAAGCAUCCAGAUGUGAUGAUACAGCGCCACCUAGAGGCAGCGGGGGGAAUCAGUGCCUUUCUCAAGACUCUGAGACGGGAAUCAAACGUGUGAUUAAAAUCAUGAAUAGAACGGUUCCCAAACUGUGGUCCAGGACCAUGGAUAGGGUCCUCCUGAAAUAAAACUAUUUUUUUAAGUUUAAAACACUUUUUUAAAGCUGAACAGCUGAAUGUAGAAGAAAACCGGAUUUUAUCAUCAUGAGCAUGACAAACUUUCCUCUGAUGGACUCAAACAGGAUAAAAUCAUGGAAUAUUCCUUUAAAGGACAAACUGAACAGGAGACUUUAGGAUAAAGGAGAAAGGUUUGAAUUACCAUAGCAGGUCAACAAGGAGGGAUUUAAGACCCUGUUUACACCUCACAUUAAACACCAGAUGUAUUCUUUCAGAUACCAGGUGACGUCCCUCCAUCCUCGACAUCACCAUGGUCUUCAGUGACACCCUGAUAUCAGAACUCAGUUAUUCUAACAGCCCAUGAAAUGAUCAAAUGUAUGGGUGCAUGUCCUCACAGGGCUUCCAGAGCUUGGAGAUUAAAGUUUAUAACUUUGAUAUCUAAAUCCUAAUCAGUGUAAGGUUUUAUUUUGUAAGAAUUUCCUGUUAAAUGUAUUUUCUAUGGCUCCACUGAAACAUUUUCUACUUUCUUCUUGAAUUCUCAGACGUCAAUCCCUCGUCCUCAUGUGGAUUAAAUGAAGGAUUUUAAAGCAGAGGAAAGGCAAAGUUUAAUGAUCAGCACCAAAUCAUCAGGUUACAGAAAAGAAUGUUGGCUUUCCUGUAGGAAAACAUUUAUCAAAACAACAAUGGACUUCGCUGAUGUUUGCAGGAAGGUUGUAAUUGGUAGAAAUCCAUUUCCAUACCUGUUAGAUACCUGGACAAUCAAAUCACAGGUCCUAGACGUACAACAUCAGGGCAGUUUAUUGUCUCUAAACGUUUGAAGGAAAACUCCUGCAGCGUCUAAACUGACCUAAAAUGUUGGCAAAACAUCCAGACCAACUCUCUGUGUGAAUGUAAAAUGUCUGUUUUUAGUUUAGCCACGCCCAAAUUCUAUUGUUACCGCCUACAGGAAGUGAAGUCACUUCCCUUUAUGCUGUUGACGCACAGAAAAUUUGGCCAAUGAUGUCACCAUAUGUUCCUUAAAAUGUCAAACGUGAGAUCAAUUUACUCUUUCCAUUGGUCGGCUGGAUUGUUGGAUGGUUGAAUUGUUGGAUGGUUGGUUAGAUGGUUAAUUGGUUGGUUGGUUGGUUGGUUGGUUGGUUGGGUGAAGUUCUGGUUGGUUUGUAGAUUGAUUGGAUGGAUGGAUGAUUAGUUGGAUGAUUGAAUGGCUGGUGGGUACAGAUUUAUUGGUUGGUGGUUUAAUUGAGUUAUUGGUUGGUUAAUGGAUUGAUUGGUUAGUUCAGUUGGAUGAUUGGUUGGUUGGUUGGAUAGAUGGAUGGUUUGUUUUAUUAUGGAUUGAUUGGUCUGUUGGCUGGUGAUUAAUUAAUUGGCUGACUGAUUGAUGACCAGGCUGGAAUUCAUGCUGUUGUUGCAAAUUCAGAUGUUUGUUACAAAAUAAGAGUUCGUCAAUAAAGUGACU